AUGUCAUUGGAGAAGAGAAUAAGAAGCUUUUUGAAAGGUCCUAAGAAGGGGGAGACUUUUGAAUUGAAAAAUGGGCUUGUAUCUCAAUAUAAACACGAACGUAAAGAUGCAAUUCAACGAGUUAUUCAAGCAAUGACCGUUGGUAAAGAUGUUUCAUCGUUAUUCCCAGAUGUAUUGAAGAACAUUGCUACUUAUGAUUUGGAACAGAAGAAAUUGGUUUAUCUUUAUCUUAUGAAUUAUGCUAAAACACAUCCAGAAUUAUGUAUAUUGGCAGUUAAUACAUUUGUUCAAGAUACAGAAGAUCCAAAUCCUUUAAUCAGAGCUUUGGCAAUAAGAACAAUGGGAUGUAUCCGGGUUGCCAAAAUGGUUGAUUAUAUGGAAAUACCAUUAUCCAGAACUUUGAAAGAUGAUAAUCCAUACGUACGUAAGACUGCUGCUAUUUGUGUUGCUAAAUUAUUUGAUUUGGAUGCUGAGAUGUGUAUUGAAUUUGGAUUCUUAGAUGAAUUAAAGAAAUUGAUCUUUGAUUCAAAUCCUGCAGUGGUUGCUAAUUCUUUAAAUGCAUUAUAUGAAAUAAAAGACAUGAAUAAAGAUGAUAAUUUAGAAGUUUUUGUCAUUUCUUCUGACAUCGUAAAAAAUUUAUUAAUGUGUUUAAAUGAAUGCACUGAAUGGGGGAGAAUUACUAUAUUAACUACUUUAACUGAUUAUCAAGCAAGCGAUAACGAUGAAGCAAUUCACAUAAUUGAAAGAGUUAUUCCCCAAUUACAGCAUGCAAAUGCUUCUGUUGUAUUAUCAUCAAUUAAAACAAUUAUACAACAUUUGGAUCAAGUCCAUGUACCAGCACAAAAAAAUGCUUUUUUAAAAAAAUUAUCUGCACCAUUAGUUUCUUUAGUCAGUUCGUCAAUUCCUGAAGCUCAGUUUGUUGGAUUGAAAAACAUUAGAAUAAUUUUAGAAAAAUAUCCCCAAAUUUUAUCAAAAGAAUUAAGAGUUUUCUUCAUUAAAUAUUCUGAUCCUUUAUAUUUGAAAUUGGAAAAACUCGAAAUCAUGAUUAGAUUGGCAAGUGAUAAUAAUAGUUCUUUAUUACUAGGUGAAUUGAAAGAAUACGCAAUGGAAUUUGAACCUUCAUUGGUCUCGAAAUCAAUCAAAUCAAUCGGCGCAGUUGCAAUUAAAUUGGCUGGCUGUGUGAUAAAAUCAAUCAAUUUAUUGAUUAAUUUGAUAGAUCAAAGAGGUGGUGAAUUGAUUAUUAAUGAAUCGAUAAUUGUUUUAACUAAUAUCUUAAGACGUUAUCCUGGUAAAAACGACUUAAUCACUUUAAUUGUUCCGGUAAUCUCUCAACAUAUUGAUGAAUUAGAUGAUCAAAAAGCUUUAUCAGGAUAUAUUUGGUUGUUAGGUGAAUAUCCAAAAUAUUUCCAAAAUUUGAAAAGUAAAUUAUCCGAUAUCUUAGAAAAUUUCCUAGAUUAUGAUUCAAUUUUACAAUUGAAUAUUUUAACAACAAUUGUUAAGAUUAAUUUAUCAUUUUCUCAAAAUAAUGACUAUUCAAAUCUAUUACAAACAGCUUUAGAAAAAGCUACUCAAGAUUGUGAAAAUGCAGACGUUAGGGAUAAAGCUUAUAUCUAUUGGAGAUUAUUAUCUUCUUCAACUUCAGUUGAAACUCAACAAAAAAUCAUUUUAACUAAAUUACCUCCUAUCAAAACUAUCAUAUCAUCAUUCAAUCCAAAUGUUUUAAAUUGUUUAGUUAAAGAAUUAUCUACUUUGUCAUCUGUUUAUCAUAAACCUGCUUUUACAUUUAUUGAUCCAAACGCUUAUUCCAAUACAGAGAUUAAAUCAGUUAAAUCUUCCAAUGAUCCAAAUGAUAUCAAGGAUUUAACUAAUUUGGCUAAACAAGAAAUAAUCAAUAAUGUAAGAAAUGAAAACUUAUUAGAUUUCGAUGAUGAUGAUUCUUCAACUCCAACUGAAUCAAAUGCUAAUAAUAAUGGUAUCUCUUUAUUGGAUGAGUUGAAUGAUUUGUUCACAGCACCUCAACAACCUUCAGCUGGCAACGGUUCCAAUAACGCUCAAUCAUCGACAAAUGACAUCUUAAGUUUAUUCAAUACCAUUCCUCCAUCACAGCCAUCACAACAACAACCACAACAUAUAACACAGGGAAUAGACAACUUAAACCUUUCUAGCAAUAGCCAGCAAAACAACAACAACAAUAAUAAUAAUAAUAAUAAUAAGGUUAACCAAGACUUACUCGAUCUUUUUUGA